AUGCACAUCUAUGCGAAGUUUCUAAAAGAAUUGCUCACAAAGAAGCGCAAACCAUUGGAUGAUGACACGGUCGACAUGACCGAAGAGUGUAGUGCACUUAUCCAAAAGAAGCUUCCUCAAAAGAAGAAGGAUCCGGGUAGCUUUACUAUUCCGUGCUCUAUUGGGAACUUGACCGUAGCACGAGCCUUGUGUGAUCUUGGAGCUAGCAUUAAUCUCAUGCCUCUCUCCAUGAUGAAAAAGAUACCCGAAGCCGUUGCAACACCAACUAAAAUGCAGCUCUCCUUGGCGGAUCGUUCUAUAGUGCAUCCAUAUGGGAUUCUCCAUGAUGUUCUAGUCCGGGUGGCAUAA